GGAGCGAGCGGCCGCCGGCUGGGGGAGGGGGUGUCGGCGCGCCUCGGAGUGCUGCGCUCGGUGAGCCUGGCCCCCGGAGCAGCCGCCUCCCCCUCCCCCUGCCUGGACCGCUAGAAGCCCCUUCUCGUUCAUCCUGCCUGGGUGGGGGCGAGCUGGGCUGAGCUGUCCCGGGCGGGCGGGGCGGAGCCUGGAGCCCCACCGAGCGCUGCGGAGCGAACCUCACCUCCUUUCCACGGCGCAAGUGUGAGCCACUGCCCCAUGUUGUGUUGAUGCCGGUCUGCCAUGCUAGCCUGUCUACCAGGGCCACGUGACCUGUCCUUUCAGCUUCUUUCUCACACGCAGAUGAACACUGGACUUCAGAAAUGGGACACUACACAGAAAAUGAGAACUGCUCACUAUCCUACCCCAGCCGAAUUGGAUGCAUAUGCUAAGAAGGUCGCAAACAACCCACUGACUAUAAAAAUCUUCCCCAACAGUGUGAAGGUUCCCCAGCGGAAACACGUUCGUCGUACUGUGAACGGCCUCGACACAUCAGCCCAGCGCUACAGCCCAUACCCGACGCAGGCUGCCACCAAGGCAGGCCUGCUUGCCAUUGUCAAAGUGCCAGCCAAAAGCAUACUCAAGGACUUUGACGGCACCCGAGCCCGGUUGCUCCCUGAGGCCAUCAUGAACCCCCCAGUGGCACCCUAUGCUACUGUGGCACCCAGCACUUUAGCCCACCCCCAGGCCCAGGCUCUGGCCCGCCAGCAGGCCCUGCAGCAUGCACAGACCCUGGCCCAUGCCCCUCCCCAGACGCUGCAGCACCCUCAGGGUAUCCCGCCGCCCCAGGCACUGUCCCACCCUCAGAGCCUCCAGCAGCCUCAGGGCCUGGGCCACCCUCAGUCCAUGGCCCAAACCCAGGGCUUGGUUCACCCUCAGGCCCUGGCUCACCAGGGUCUCCAGCACCCUCCCAAUCCCUUGCUGCAUGGAGGCCGAAAGAUGCCAGACUCAGAUGCCCCCCCGAAUGUGACCGUGUCUACCUCAACUAUUCCCCUUUCAAUGGCGGCCACCCUGCAGCACAGCCAGCCUCCGGACCUGAGCAGCAUCGUGCACCAGAUCAACCAGUUUUGCCAGACGAGGGCAGGCAUCAGCACUACCUCAGUGUGUGAGGGUCAGAUCGCCAACCCCAGCCCCAUUAGUCGCAGUCUGCUCAUCAAUGCAAGCACCCGGGUGUCGACCCACAGCGUCCCCACACCAAUGCCUUCAUGUGUGGUCAAUCCCAUGGAGCACGCCCAUGCGGCCACAGCCGCACUGCCUGCCGCAGGUCCUGUCAACCUGCCCACGGGCAUCUCUCGAGCCCCCACAGGCUACCCUAGCGACCUCAAGCCAGUCGCCUGGAACCAGCACCAGCUGGCCCACCUACAGCAGAUGUGCAGCGAGGCUGGUGGGACGCCAGCUCCUGGCCUGACAGGCAAGCAUGCGGCAGGACGCGAGUUGGCAGGGCCUGGCUUUGUGGGCAAGGCCCCUGCCUACCCGCAGGAACUCUGCCUGGCACAGUCCUUCCAUCUGAAGCCAGCCCUGGAAAAGCCGACCCCAUCCCCACCAGUCAACGGCCUGGCAGCCCCAUUGGCCUACCCCAAUGGUCACUACUUCCAGCCCCUGUGGAACAACAUUCUGCCCACUCCCAAUAGCGACAGCUCGGGGUCUCAGGACCUCACCAUGCCGUUCCAUGGUGGGCAGCCCACAGGGGCACCCCUCGACUGUGCAGCAGCUCCUGGGGCCCACUACCGAGCAGGGACCGGGGGUGGUCCAGUGGCAAGCCAGAACAGCUUGAUGCAAACAGUGGAUUACCUGAGUGGGGAUUUCCAACAGGCCUGCUUCCGAGAACAGAGCCUGGCCAUGCUGAGCAAGGCCCACCGAGCCCCUGGCAGCCGAGCCCCUGAUCCCACAGAUAGUCGAAGUCUUCAUAUUCAGCACCCAGGGUAUAGAUAGGUGGCCCUGGCGCCCGCCACAAGCAACACAUCCUACAUCACCCUCCUAGGUUUAGUCUACUUUUAAGUAACUGGAUAGUUUCAAAGUUUUACUACUCCAGUGUGAUCAUUCUGAGAUGUCUGAGAGGGAAUUUGGUGAGAUCUAUUGCGGACAGAAGGGGGCCUCUCCUCCCCUCUAGCGACUUUUGGUUUUAUGUUAGAACCUAACCCCACCCCAAGCUUUCUCUCCGCUGCCUGCCCAUCAGUCACUCUCCAUCAUGGCCGUUUCCAACCAACCUCCACACAUCCUCUCUUGAACCUCUGCCUGUUGUGCUCAGGGCUGAGGUGUGGGAAGGGCUCUAGUUGAGGUAGCUCUGGGUGUCAGGCCCCUAAGCUAGGCCUGUCUCUGUCUCCGUCUCGCUCUAUUUGGGACUAAGAAGCAAGACUUCCCAAGUGCUCUGUAAGCAGAUUCCUUAUUCAUCCAAAGAUCUCAAAUCAAAACUGGCCCAGUCUUCAUCUCCUUUCAGUUUCUUUCUGUUCCUCAAGACUUUGUUUUGUCUACACUGAUCCCAGAGCCACUGCACUUGUCCUUGCCACACUGGGCCUCAAGGGCAUCCUGCAGGUAUCUGACCACAGCCUUGAGACAUGGGGGGAAAAAGUUUGUGUUGACGUCUUGGUUCCUGACUUCCCUUUCCAGACCGAGAGAGAAACUGACGCAUUCCCAGGAUCCCUAUGUCAUUGUCACCUCUCCUAACUUACCUGCUGCCCCUGUUCCCUACCUUUUCCCCCCUCAAAAAACUCAAGCAAAACAAAAUUUAAAACUACCUUACUUGAGGAAUUAGGUAGGUAAGGAAUGAUCACAUUGGAGUUUGGGAUUAAAAACACCAAAAAAAAAAAAAAAAAGUAAAAUGCAUUUGGUUCUCUCUACACUGGCUAAGAAUAUUGCUCUACACUGUAAGUUUUAAAUGUCAUGUUUCUGUAUGAAUGUAGUGUGGGUUUGAGUAGCGUUGUGUAUGAGUGGCCCCCACAGGUACAUUUACCCUCUAGUGCAGCCCCUCAGUUUAAUGAAGAAAGAAGAAUAUACAAACACAAAGCCUUAAGCUCUUUGAAUACUUUCUUUACCAAAUGAGCAUGGUUCUGACAGCUGGAGAUGGGCCUACAUUGGAAACUGCCCCUCCUGCCUCAUAUCCAUUCUUAGAGCAUACCCUCAUCCACUCCAUGCUCAGCGUGUCUCGUUCCCAAGUGACAAUUAGUUGGCUAGAAAUUCAACACUUUUCUGUAACUUAGAUUAUGUUUGUUAUAAAAUUUUGACCCUUCUGUUAAAGAUGCACAGUUGGGCUCUUUUUUUUUUUUUUUUUUUUAAAUCAGAUAAGCCCUUUCCUUUCCUCGUCUCUGGGGCGUGUGCCCUGAUGUUCUUAUUUAAGAUUUUGCAUUUUAUUUACUAUCCACUGUUCUUUAGCCAGAAAUUCUCUAGUGUUAAUCUGAAGCAAUGUGACUGAAGACCAGUUUUUAAAUUAUGUGUUGGCAAGUUGCCUUAUAUUUAAAAAGAAAAAAAGGAACAAAAUGCCUGAUUGUGUUAUGCCAAAUGAUAGCAACAUGAAGUCCUAAUUUAUUGUUCCCGAUUGUUUACCUGCCGUCUGUGAACACUGGUACCUCCCUGUCCCUGAGCCCUCAGGAGUACUUACAGCUUCUGGUGCAAUGCCUUUUCCCAAGGUGUUGGCCACGAUCUCACCCAGGGCCCUCUUCCAAUUCCUGCUUUUCUGAGUCAAAUUUAAAGAGUACCACUGUCUCCCCUUACCCCUUGCUUGAUCUUCAAACCAGAUACUCUUGCUGUAAUCCUCCCCCCAUACCUCUCUCUGAAAGGUGAGCUGCCAUUUUAGGAAAUUGGACCAGACACCAACUUGGGGGCUUUAAGUCAAACAACCUCAAACCCAUUUCCUAUGUAGGGGUGCAAGUCUCUGAAGCUCUCACUCCCACCCCUAGUCUGCAUGGAAAAUGUACUGUGAUCCCCCCGCGCCCCAGCUGCCCUCGCCUUUGGUGUGAGAUGUUUCCUAGUUCAACCUGAGUUCCUCCCCCCUCUGCCAGCCAACCCCCAACCAGCAAUAAGGGUCCAAGCUAGGGCCUCCUCGCCACGCUCCCUGCCUCCCUCCCUCACUACCCCUAGGGAUACCUGGAUUCCCCAGUCUAUCCACAUACUGUAGCAUUCAUUCUCCAUCUCUCUCACCUUCUCACCUGUGGUGGUUUAUGGGUGUGAUGGGGUUUUUAAGAUGACUAUAAACCAGUAAAAAAGAAAAAAC